AUGCAGUUCUGCUUGAAAACAACCCCCGGCUCUUCUUCCCUCACCAGGUCCGACAUGGCUCGAAAUCCAACAGCCCACUCAGACGAGUACAAAAGUCUCGAUGCAAUCAUGUCUUUACUGUUCCCCUCAACGGUCCGAGUGCAACGAUCACAGAUAAUUCUAGGCUGCAUACAUUCCUUGAACCUGUUAACACUGUCCAACGGAGUCCGCUUAAUGCUAAAGGGCUCACCUCUCCCUGGAACUCCCCUUCUCCGACACGAGCGCUACUUUCUCGAGACAGAAGCUCGAUUCCUGGCUCUACUAGGCCAAAGUGCCAAUCCUUGCAUCCCCCAACUAUACCACUAUGAUCCGCAUGGGAGUUCCCUCGGCUCUGCAUACUUGAUAAGACAGUACAUCAAAGGAAAAUCACUCGCGCAAAUGGAAGACUCAAUAUCAAGCCGCCAACGCAGCGACAUAGAUCGCCACCUGGGCUUUCUCGCAAGCACAAUCAGUCAGAAUGUAGCUCCGGGGUUCGGCUCGCUGCAGCAGGUCGCGUUGAGAGCUGGGAAACGCUCUUGGAGAGAAGCUUUCACUGCUCUUUUCGAGAGUGUGCUCCGCGAUGCUGAAGACAUGUUCAUUCACCUUCCCUAUGCGGGGAUCCGUAACGAGAUUGCUCGACUUUCUCGUGCCCUUGAUGAUGUCACACUUCCGCGCCUGGUUGUCAGUCAGUUUGGACGGCCAUCGCACGUCUUGCUGGACAGUAGGUCGAACCAGGUAUCGGGCGUUGUGGAUUUCAGCAGCGCCCUUUGGGGCGAUAUGCUUAUGGCUGAAAUCUUCGAGAAUCCCACGCAAGCCGUGUUGGAGGGAGCAGGCCUUCCAGAGAGACGAACUAAAGGAGAGGAAAUCCGAGUUUUGAUGUACGCUUGCUAUCGACUAGUCUCCCAGAUUACAAUCCAAUAUUAUCGAAACCGCGACGAAGCCAAGGAGUUCGAAGCCCGCCGCCGACUUAUGGCGACAAUAACAGAUCUCGCCGCCUUUUAA